CGGUUUUCCUUUGGAUUGCAUGGAUCGGUGCACACUGCCGCAUCCAUCGGCCCAACUGAAGGAAUAUUUUACUGGGCCCAACAGCGCUCCAUUGAUGAACUGCGAUUAAGGAGGCGGUCGAGAAGCGAGGUGCACGGCGAGCCAUCGAGGCGGACGAUGAACUAGGACGGCGAGAGAGGCGGACUGAGAGCGAGGUGGGGAGGGGCGAGCGAUAGUCGAUCGAGGCGGACAGUGAUCGAGGUGGACAUCUGAUACCCGGCUGGGCGAUGGGAUGUUGGUCUAGGAUAGCGUCUCCGCAGGUCAGGGGAUGAGAGGCGGCUUUAGUGUUGGCUUAUUCAUUUGCUCGCUACUACUGCUAGUAGUUCUGCUCUUCAAUUUUCAGUUCUUGGGUCCAAAUUUGGGAGGUCUCAUAUUCAUCCAGCCAUGCACUGAUGCUCAAUCAUUGGUAAUGUGGUGAUCAUAAAGAUGAUUACUUUAAAUAUUCUGAGCCUGAAAAGCACUAGAACGUGUGUUCACUGAAUUUCAAGACUUUGAAUGGGCUAUCUCAGGGUUGCAGAAUUUCUCAAGUGGGGCGUGGGGGUGAGUUUGCUGAGUUUUUCUUGUUUUUGAGCUUGUAUAAAUAUAGGUGAUGAAAGAGCAGAACUUUACUGCAACCAUGGAAAAUGGCUUUCUGGAGAAGCCUUUUGAUAAUCAGGAAGAGUCUGUGAGCCAAGAUGAACUUAUGAUCCGUCGCCUUAAAAACCGUGAACGACAACGCAGGUAUAGAGCGAGGAAACGUCUCCAAACUGAUAUUGACAAGACUCCUGAGAGUGACUCAAGGCAAUAUACUCCACACCGUACACUACCAAUCCCUGUCACACCUCCAGAAUUUGCAGCGGCAUUAGACACUAAGGAAUUUCCCUUCAAAAUGAAACACAAAGACGUUAAAGACUUGCCAGCUGACCACUGUUCUCCCACAGUCCUACUUGAAGUGCCAGUACAGGUUGUCACUCCAGGUUACCAAACACCCAACAAUGCCAUUUCCUGGGAACGCCCAAGACUCAUAAAAGCCUUUCAGGAACCUGUGACCCGUACCUACUGUGCACGAGACUGGAAAAAAGAUGCACGGAAAUCCCAAGAGCUAAAGCAGCAGAAUGUUAGACAUGAUGCUGCCACAAACAUGCCCAAAGCACACAAGAAUGAACUGGAUGAGGUGACAAGUUGCAGGAGUGCCCUCGAUAUCUCCCCCGCACAGGCUAACUGUGAAUCAAUUAAGUUCACAAGCAGCAGAAGACAUUGGAAAGCAGAAGCUAGAAAUAAAAAAGUCUGAAGGGUUUUUUCAUGAGUUGGUCACUUGUGGGCUGCUGUAUUUCGGAGGGUCUAUUUAUGUACAAGUAUGGGUUUUUUUAGCUUCCCAAAAAUGUGUUUACUAAAACUUAUAUCAGCUCAAAAACGUGAUGGCUUAAUUGCCAAGGAAUAGAACCAAUGUAUGUGGAAUUGUGGUUGAGUUGGUCUUUUAUUCCCAGAAGUUGGUUUAGGGCUGAGCAUAGGGUAAUAUAUGUCUUCCAAUGUCAUUUAAUCUCUUUCAAACUUAAAUCUAUUAGUUUCUUUCAAGUUCUAAAUCCC